AUGAAAUUCUUCGUUUUACUCUUAGCUUCUAUGCUUAUAUCUACUAAUGCAAUGAAUAACUCAGAUUAUAAAGUGUAUGAAGACAUAAAUUAUAGUGAGGCAUGGGAAACUCUGAAAUUGCUUGAAAGAACGUAUCCAUCUCUUGUUACAAUAAGAAAGGCGGAAGAUAUAUAUGGGAAGAAAUACCCUGGAAAAUUAUUCAAUGAUUCUAAAUUGAUGUGCGGGGAAAAACGAUGCGAAACACCAAUAGUCCGUUUAACUGUUAAGGAAAAUAUAACUCAAGAAGUCACAAGGAAACCACAGGUUCUACUUCUAGGAGGUUUUGGAGGAGAAAACACUGAAGGCACUGCUGCAAUAAUUACAUAUAUUUCGAUGUUGUGUCGAUACUACGAAAGAAUUCCAACUCUUACGCACAUCUUGAAGACUCGCGAUUUAUGGCUCCUUCCAUUUCCCAACAGCUGGGGACUUUAUCAUAGGAAUGAUACGGAACUUGGCAUAGAUCCUAUCUUUGAUUUUCCCUACAAAGUUGGAAAUGGCGGCUGCUUCAGAACAAAAACAGCAAGAAUAAUUAAUGAACUUGUAUCCGAAAAUCUAUUUCAAAUAGUAAUCAAUUUUCGUUACGGUUCCCCAGCCAUAGGAUUUUCAUGGGGUUCUUAUAAUCACACGCCAUGCGGAGGAGUAAAUCAAGAUAUAUGCGACCUUGAUUCUCCUGAUGUAAUUAGCCAGAGUGCUAUCGCUGAGGCUAUGUCAGAUGCUGCUGGUGAUAACGAUUUAAAUGAUUCUGUUACAUAUGGUGUACGAUACAUGAAGGGAAGACGAAGAAACACACUAAGAAACAACAAACCUGGAGCAUUCGAAGAUUGGAUAUAUGCAGCAUCAUGGGAUCAUGCAUCAAUACCCCAAAGAUGUUUCGCUGAUAACGAGUAUCCCUCUAAACUACAAAGCGACCAUCCAAGUUUCACUAAAAGAGCGUCUUCAUUUUCCAUUGAAAUAGAAAAAUUCAGAAUUACUUAUAGAAUGCAAAUAGACUACACUUUUGAAGACAUUUUGCAAAAACACACAUUCGAUCCACCUGUUAGUCGUUCGAUUCGCGCGAUUCACAAAGCUGUUGAGCUUGUUAAGCCUGAAAUCAUCCAUCAAAAUAAACCAAUUCUUACAUCUCAUAGUCCAACUUCUGCCAGACUUAAAACUCAACUGUUACCCAUUGGAUGCUUACAUAUUGAUUACUUAGUUGCUGUGGUUAAAGAAGGAGCUAAGUGUGAGGGAGAUUCUCAUAGAGUACCUAUUUUCAAUUCACCUAGAAAAUGUCGAUCAAUUUCACCUUGGGACAACUGGAAUUUUACCGAAAGUCAAGAGUGGCAACUCAGUCAAAGUGAUGUCAUUGAUCUGGAUAUUACCAUACCUACGAAAGAUCAUGCAGCUUGUAUCUAUUUUGAGUAUAGCUUCGACUCAGAUUGGAACAGAAAAUCUCAUUCAAAUGCGGCAGUAGACCCUUUAUCUCUUCUUGUACUUGCACGGUCAUCAUAUGAUUUGAACGUUACUACGUCAAACGCCAAGCUCGUUAGGCAAUCUCACAUGCAGCAAAAUAAGAUGGAGCAAGGCGCAAUAUACUACGCCAAAUAUUGUCAUACUAACGCAGAUGGAAAUGUUUUAGUUUCUGACGGUGUUAAGGCACAUACUGAAGAUGCUGCACGGCAAAGUUUCGCCCCAGGUACUUUCUCUCUAGAACUGAAACUCGCACCUGUUUGCGUUGUCCGAGAAACUGAUACCAAUUAGGUGAUUUUUUAUAUUUCUUUUAAUUUUUGCUUAUUAUAUACCUAAAUGUAUAAUUCAACAACAAAAAAAUUUUAUCUUUUUUUUUUUAGUUCGUGUUUAGAUUUCUUUUUUACGUUGAGUAAAAUUGAUGGUACUUUUAACUUAAAACCUGCUUAACUGCAGUUGUUAAGAAGCAAUAAAUUAUACGUAAACCAAAUUCGUUUUUCAUUGACUCA